UUGGAAGUACCUAUAUUAAUUUUAACGCUCGCAUUCCAUCGGAGACGCCGCAAAGUCGCGCAGCCGGCGCGGCGUGAGGCUUGCCUGCGCGCGAGCGAGGCUUCGGCCGGCUCCAUCCUACAACGAGCCCAAGCCGGUACCCGCGCCACUAUCUUGCCGCAUUCCACAGAGCUGCAGUCGCGGCGCGCCCCGCGCGUGCCUUCAUGCCUUCGUCGACCCACGCGCCCUCUCCGCUUCGCUUCACUCAGUCGUUUCUACGCGCUCAUGGAGAAUGCGCCUUUGCGCCACGUGACGCGCAGUGACUACGAGAUCGCGUAG